ACAGAUAAAACCAUCCCAGUACCAAUUUCAGAUAUCAAUGAUAACCCUCCAGCAUUUGAAAAACCUUCCUAUGUUGCCUACAUUCCCGAGAACAACCCAUCCGGAAUGUCCAUUUUCCAAGUCAAGGCUUUUGACCCAGAUCUGGAUCGUAAUGCCCAAAUCACCUACUCCAUUCUUAACAGCAACGUCAAGGACCUGCCUCUCUCCUCCUACGUUUCCAUUAACUCUGAGACUGGAACUCUCUAUGCUCAACGAUCGUUUGACUAUGAGCAGUUCAGAGAGUUCCAGAUCCAAGUGCAAGCCCAGGAUGGAGGCUCUCCAUCUCUCAAUAACAGCGCCACAGUCAAAGUGUGUGUAUUGGAUCAGAAUGAUAAUACUCCCCAGAUCCUGUACCCUUCACAAACAACUCAGGGUUCAUCGUUCUUUGAGAUGGUGCCUCGCUCAGCUGAUUCGGGUUAUUUGGUGACAAAAGUAGUGGCUGUGGAUGCCGACUCUGGACACAACGCCUGGCUCUCUUUUCAUCUCCUGCAGGCCACAGAGCCCUCGCUCUUCACCAUCGGCUCCCACACGGGAGAGAUCCAGACAGCUCGAGCAUUACUUGAGAGAGACAUUACGAAGCAGAGGCUGGUCAUCAUGGUGAGGGAUAAUGGACAGCCACCUCUCUCAGCCACCACUAGCCUGAACCUGGUCUUUGCUGAGAACUUCCAGGAGGCUCUUCCUGAAAUGAAUUCCCAACCUAAUAACUCAGAGGAUCAGUCCAACCUCCAGUUUUAUUUGGUUCUGACUUUGAUUUUAGUGUCCUUUCUGUUCCUGGUGGCAGUGAUUUUGGCCAUUAUUAUGAAACUUCAGAGGUCAAGGAACCCCACUUUUCUCCAGUGCUUCAUUCCUGAUUCUCAUUCAAAGACGGGUGCCAUAUUUCCUCCAAAUUAUGAAGAUGGGACUUUGCCUUAUUCUUAUCAGAUCUGUUUAUCCACUGAGUCCAGGAGAAAUGAGCUGACUUUUCUGCAA